GACGACUCUACCGAUUGUGAAAAUUUCGCCACCCUGUUCCACUGGCUGUUGGAUUUUAGGUCCGUCGUCAAUUGGGUUAAUGGUUCUUUCGUCUGUACUCAACCUUCUCUCAGCGCCUUCUCCCGCGUCAACAGACACGGUGUUACAUUGGCGCUAAUAUUCGUCGGCCUACAGCGCGGAGGGCAGUGUGUUUACGGUAUUGACAAAAGCAAAAACCCUGUCAUUCCUGUUUAGAGAGGUCGCUGCAAACGUUGACUGUCGCGUUAUUAUCAGUGCUUUGAAGGAUAAGCUUGUUUCCUUCUUGGAGUGAUAAAGGCUGAAUCAUCGCGCUUGGUGUAGCAUUGAUUCAAAGAGAACCAAGCGUGGGCGUUGAGGCAUUUGAAAUUGAACGUCUGCUGAGAUUUAUCUUGCUAUUGUCGUCGAGUCCAUGUAUUAAAAAUGACUUCGCGUUUUAGUGCUGUCCAAGCAGCUCCGCCAGUUGCUGUGUUCGCUCUGACUCAGGCCUACCGAAACGAUCCGGAUCCGCGCAAGGUCGACCUUGGUGUUGGUGCCUACCGUGACAAUGACGGUAAACCGUGGGUUUUACCCGUUGUUAAGAAGGUCGAGAUGGAACUGGCAGAGGAGAUGGGUAAAAGUCUCAAUCAUGAGUAUCUCGGCAUGACUGGCAUUGAUACGUUUACCUCAGCUGCCGUGUCGAUGAUCCUUGGAAAGGACAAUCCGGCUAUUAAGGAGGGACGCGCCGUUGGCGUGCAAGGACUGUCAGGCACCGGUAGCUUGCGCAUUGGUGCCGAUUUCCUCGCCAGAAUAGCCGGUUUCACUCAUGUCUACGUCAGCAACCCAACGUGGCCAAAUCACAAAGCUGUCUUCCGAAACGCCGGGUUUGCUAAUAUUUACUCAUAUCGCUACUGGGAUCCGGCGACGCGGGGUCUCGACUUCCGAGGAAUGAAGGAAGACCUCCAAAAUGCGCCCGAAGGUUCGGUUAUAAUUCUACAUGUAUGUGCUCACAACCCAACCGGAGUUGACCCCACCCAAGAGCAGUGGAAGGAGCUCGCUGAAAUCUGUAAGGCGCGAAAUCAUUUCCCAUUCUUUGAUUGCGCGUAUCAGGGUUUUGCUUCGGGUGAUCUUGCACGUGACAGUUGGGCACUGCGUUAUUUUGUCUCGCAAGGCUUCGAGCUAUUUUGUGCCCAGAGUUUCGCCAAGAACUUUGGCUUGUACAACGAGCGUGCCGGAAACCUAUUGAUAGUGGUGAAUGAUAAGACUGUUCUGAAGAACUCAGUUUCCCAGAUAGCUGUGAACAUUCGCGCAAUGUACUCAAAUCCGCCAAACCAUGGGGCACGCAUUAUCUCGAGAGUACUUAAUGACGAAGGUCUGUUUAGCGAAUGGAUAGAACAAAUAAAGGAGAUGUCUUCAAGAAUAAUCCACAUGCGGGCGGUCCUCAAGGAGAAACUCAUCGCUCUGAACACGCCUGGCAGCUGGGAACAUAUUACGAAUCAGAUUGGUAUGUUCUGCUAUACUGGCCUCAGCGAGAACCAGGUGGCUCACAUGAUCAAGGAGCAUCACGUCUACCUCAUGAACGAUGGCCGUAUUUCAAUGAGCGGUGUGACGGAAAAGAACGUCGAACAUGUCGCUAUGGCUAUCAAUGACACUGUCAAGAAUGUACCUGCGAAACUUUAAACCUCAAAUGAAGGAAACUAACUAAGUAAAGCACUACUCAGAUUAUACGAUGAAAACAGACGCAGCCAGUCGACCUCUCAUCUAGAAUUCAAAACUAAAUUUUAACCAAGAAAAUAGAGCAAACCACCCGUUUAUACGCGACAAACCCGUAAUUUAAGCAGAAAAAAUAAGACGGCUCUGUGGAAUCUCUGCUAGUAUUUUCAG